AUGUACGGUCACUCUCCGUCUCCGCCCAUGAGCAUCCACCGCCAGAUCUCCGCCGACGAGGACGAAGGCUCCGGCGCUCCAGAUUCCCUCGAAAAUCAUCACAUUCGGUACGAUACCCACGCCCUCGAGGGCUCUACGGCUGGGGAUGUUUCCCUAGAGGGCGUUACUCCCGAAUCUGUCUAUGUUUCCGAUGGCGGCGCCGGCUCUGAAUUGGCAAUCCACCGUAGCGACGACACCAGUCAACUCACGCUAUCCUUCCGAGGGCAGGUUUAUGUGUUCGAUGCUGUUACUGCUGAAAAGGUUCAAGCGGUAUUGUUGCUGUUAGGAGGAUGUGAGUUGUCUUCAGGUCCACACGGUGUGGAUGGGACAUCUCAAAACCAACGGGCUGCAAUUGACUUUCCGACAAGGUGUAGUCAACCACAGAGAGCAGCAUCGCUCAAUAGGUUCCGCCAGAAGAGAAAAGAGAGAUGCUUUGAUAAGAAAGUUAGAUACGGCGUCCGUCAAGAAGUCGCACUCAGGAUGCAGCGUAAUAAGGGUCAAUUUACUUCUUCCAAGAAGUCAGAUGGAACUUCAAGCUGGGGCUCUGCUCAAGAUUCUGGACAAGAUGAUAACCCACAAGAAACGUCGUGUUCGCAUUGUGGCAUCAGUUCGAAGUCAACUCCAAUGAUGCGGCGUGGGCCAUCUGGUCCAAGGUCCCUUUGCAAUGCAUGUGGCCUUUUCUGGGCAAAUAGGGGGACUUUGAGGGAUCUUUCAAAGAAGACUCAAGAUCAUUCUUUGACUCCAGUUGUUCAGGGUGACGGUGUAGGAAAUGACUCCACAUCUGAAACUGCCAUCCAUGCACAUAACAACAACCUUGUAACUUUCCCUGGUGGCAAAAACUCUGCUUUAAUGGCAGAGCAAUGAGUAUCGAGAAGUUGUAGUAGAAUGGUCAGUUGUUCCUUGGCACCCUUCAAGCUUUCAGGUUCCCAAGUAAUUUCUUUAAGGUUGUCCUGUUGAAUGUACAGAUACUACAGUGCCUUCAUUAAUACAUGGGUUUAUCCCUCUCUUUUUUUUGUUUUCCCUUUUGGGUACAUUGCAUGAGAUUAACUCUCGAGGAACUUGCAUUGGAUGUAUAACAUGGACUUCAGUUUAAAGAAAAAGUGUACUAAAUUUGAAUUAAUAGUAGUUAAUGGUGACUUGGUGCUCA